ACAACUGACAAACAACGUCCCACGCCCUUUCCCCGAGUGUUAUGUCUUGCUUCCGCGGAGGGCUCCGUUCUGGAUCAUGUGAUCAUGACGGAUGCGGAAGCGGCCCGACGAUUGGUUGGCAACUGGUUGCCUAGGUGACUGUCGAGGAAGGCGCGAAAGCGACGUGUGAUACAUACUUGGCGGGGAGAGAGAGUCGAAAGUGAGUUAAGGAGGGCGGAGGGUAACAGACACAGGCCGCUUAGGGGAGACAGAGCUUGGUAAGGGAAGGCUGCAUUAAAGUGGAGGGGAGCCUGAGAUGACAGGCCUUGUUCCCCUGGAUGAUGGCAGAGGCCAGAGUGUUCCGCCCGUCAGCUAUGCCAACCCAGGGUAUAAAGGGAGCUAUGGAGUCCCUUAGUCCAAGAAUUGCUGAGGUUCAUGGAAUGCUGCUAGCUAUGCUGAAGAACUUGGAAUGCCCAAUAUGUCUGGAGGUGAUAAAGGAGCCAGUCUCAACAAAUUGUGCCCACAUCUUCUGCAGGUUCUGUACAGUUAAGCUCUUCAAACAGAAGAAAGGUGUAACACAGUGUCCCCUGUGCAAUGCCAAAGUCACCAAAAGGAGUCUACAGGAAGACGUCCGAUUUAAACAAGUAAUUGAAGGGGUGCUGGAAACCGUCCAUGCUUUUGAGCGUGAUACAGGGCUUAAGUUUGCAGAUGAUCAGUGUUUUCCUAAGAAAGCUAUAGCUACUGCUUCCGCUUCAGUCCCACAGAAAGAACAGCCCUUUAUUGACAGUAAAGGCUACAGGAACAGACUGAAAAAUGUGAAGGGGAAAAAGAAGGGAAAUACUUCCUUGGGGGAGAACUCCAACUUGCCACCAGGCAAUGGAAUUGUCACAAGACACUCUCUGAGGAAUAAAAGAAACUCCAAUAAAGCCAUCUCCUUGGAAAUUGGAUCUGACUCAUCUGAAGAUCUCUUUAAGAAGGCACAUACGGUCAGAUGUGUGGAUUUUGAAAGCGAUUCUGGUUCUCAAGAUGAUGGAUGUACCAAGAAGCAAAGCCCAAGCCUGUGUCAUAUAAAGCUCACUGAGCCAAGCGCUGAAGAUGUGGCACCAUUAGAUAUCCUAGGUGCAUGUGGUUUCUUGGAGGAAGGACUAGGAAGCACAGAAGGCACUCAAGAAAACACUGGAAAUGUAGAAGUUGAGGAAAAUGGGGCUGUGGAGAAGAGCCAGAGUUUAUUUGUUCCAGAUCCCUUCACAAAGGAGCAUGACAGCAAAUCUUAUUCCAGAUCUGUACAGGAGGAUGAAGCCACAAAGACCACCACAGACAAAAGGACAAGUAAUAAUGUAGAAACAGUUGGCAUUGUGCUGCCUGCUGGAAUUGCACAAACCUGUGCCAUCCUGUCUGAAGUUGAGCAACAGCAGCUGCAGACCCAGGCUUCACCUGAUAUUCCUUUAAGUCAAGUCUCUGGGAAGAAACUGAGGCAGAGCAUCCAGAAAGUGAAUGAGUGGCUUUCUAAAAGCAAGAAGAGUGCUCACACUGAGGAGGUGGCUCAAGAUCUGGAUCCACGCUUGUUGAAUGUAGACUCACCUAGCUCACAGAAGGACAAACGGAUAGAAGAAGAGGAAUUGACAAUAUGUGAUGGUGACAGGCUUUUGUCCAAACCAAUUUCCUCUAAAAUUGAAGAUAAAAUAUUUGGGAAAACAUACAAAAGGGAACGCAAGUCAACCCCCCGUUGGAAUGAGAAGAAAGCAAUCCAGAUCUCAACAGAAGAAGGCACUGCUGUGAAUAUCAAAUCUUGUGAUACACCUGUAAGGAAAACCUUAAUGCGAAAGAGGAAGGCUUCAUCAGAAUUGACACCUGAGGAUUUCAUCAGGAGGCAGGAUGUGAAAGCAAGCAUUAAGAGGCCUGGUGAAGAUGAAGAUCCUAAUUUGGAAGAGGGUGGCCAAGGUUAUCUUGCUAAUAAAAGUCCUGUGCCUGAGGAAAAGGAAGCUGAGUUUCCAGCAGAACCUGUCAAGAAAGGUGUAUCCAUUUUGAAAGCUGAUACCAGCAACUCAGCUCACUUGAGAACUCCAAAGAAGAGAACUAACUCUUUGAGCAAGAGGAACAGGCAAUUAGUUGGGCCAGUUGCUGCUUUGCAGUCAGUGAUGGAUAGAAGUUCCAGGUCCCCUGGGAAGGAUGAGAUGCAGAUAGACAGCUACCCAAGCAGUGAGGAACCAAAAGAGGAAGGUCCAGGCCAGAAGCAAAUCAGGCGGAGCAGGAGGCUUCAGGUACUGACAGAAGAAGCCCAGAGGGGUGAUAGGAGACUUCAGUUGCAUACAGAAGGAACCUGGAGGGAAAGGGAGCCAGCAAAGAGAGGAAAGAAGCAAGUGGAAGAAAGAGAGAGGAAACAAAGUGGGUCUCAGGUGGGAAACAUUUCAUCCUCUCCCUCUGUAGCAGAUGAUGACCCCACCAUAUUGCAAGGCAGGCUGCAGGAGCAUAUGCCUUGGUUGGGUGCCAACCUGAUGGGCAUGGAAGAUGCUGCAGAUAAGGUUUGUACUAAUCCUACAACCUCUCCUAGUGUGUUGGGAGUUGUUAAAGGUACCCCAACUGUUGAACAAACAGCAGAGGACAAGCAGCAGAGUCCUCCUUGCAUUGUUCCCAAUGACUCUCAAGGGAGCUGCUCACUCUUGCAGCUUCAUUCUAGGAAGGUGAGGCAAAAGACUUUUGAGGACAAACAGUUCAAAGCAGUACCACAGUCUGAGAAAAGUGCAUCGUGUGCCCAAGAACUGAAGAGUGAUGGGUUUUGUACGAGGGAUAUGACAGAAAGCUACAAAGUCCCCAAAACAGGUGGUAAAGCAGGGGCUUUAGAGUUAAAUCCAGAAACUGAUGACAGUGAACUGGAGACAGGCUUCAUGCGGAAGAUAUUCAGCCGCUGCAAACGCCAAUCAUUCUUGCUGCAUCCAAGUCCAAUGAAGGAAUCUGCUGCAGAAAUUCAAAGGGAGCCGAGCACAGACUGUGUGCAAGACAGCAAGUCUGAUUGUGUGAGGAAAUCAGUUCAAGAUGUAGACAGGAUUUAUGAGGAAAGAGGACAAGCUCUUACUUGUGAGGUGACCAAAGGCAUCUCUGUCCAAAGUCUGUCAUCUUGCACCUCCAGUUUCCCUGAGCAUGAGAGUAGAACUGAGCACUUCCAGGUUGCUUUACAAGCUCCAUCUCCUGACCAUCCAUCUAUUCCGGUGCGUUCUGCCAGUAAGAGAGCUGAGGGCAGAAAUCAGCUACAGAGUAUAAAUCCAGGAAGUGAAAAGGAAGCACCCCCAGAAAUGGGAGAAACUGCAAACAUGGAUGGCAGCAGCAGAAGCCCAAGUUUAAGUCCCAUUAAUGAAAUAAAUUCCUAUACAGACUGUUUUCAAGGAAUAGGACCUGAAGGUGCUGAAAACAAAAGGCUGGCAUUGAGCUCCCAGCCAGAACUAGUACAGUUGUGUCCUGAAGCUUGUCAGCAACCACGUCCUGAAUUCAGCUCUGUCCACACUGGAGGGGAAAGUAGCACAAUGGAACAAAAGCAACUGAAGAGCAGCAUAGAACAAGCAAUAGAAAUUUCCAGCCCAGGUAUUCCCAGGUGCCUGGCUUCUGGAGAUAAUUUGGAACAGUCCACUGAGAGAGAGUUUCACAGCUUUCCACUGUUGUCAGAAACACCGAAGGGCUCGCUGGGUCCAGGCAAUGAAGGCAAAAAAAGUCCAUCUAAUUUUGGGGAAAUGGGCAAGAAAGGCAUCUUGGCUGUGUUUGCUAAAACUGAUGAGGAAACUCCCCAUAAGAGAGACCUCAACAGCAGCAACGGAUCCAAAUCAAAAUGUAAAGGCCUUGUUAGAGCAUGCCGGAGGCUGGUGCGGAAGCUGUCAUCCUCAGAAGAAGAAAGUUCCAGUGAAGAUGAAGAGUUGCCAUGCUUUCAGGCACUGAUAUUUGAUCAAUCAGCAAGUACACCACUGCAGGCAAUGAAAGAGAAGGAGAAAUCAGCAGAGAUUCUAGCAGCAAGCCGCAGAAGUCACCUCAAACCCAAGGAUAAGGAGGCCUCUCUAAGUCAGGAAUCAGGGUAUUCUGUGAACCUCUUUUCCUCACAGUCACAUGCAUCUGAAGAUGACCCUAGCAAAUUUCAUGACUCGGGACCUAGAAUUCCAGCUUCCACAGGAAAUCUGACAAGUUCAAGUAUGAGUAAAAAGGCCUCUCAAACGAAGGACAAAGUCUCCAGAGAUGCUGGGCAACUGAAAGAUGGAUGCCAAGAACAUAUGAAUGCAGAACUCAAUUUAGGUGAAGAAACAAUGGACUAUGACAGCGAAGCUAGCCACAUGUGGGAUUCAUCGGGCCUGUCCUCCCAGAGUGAAACCCUCACCACACAACAAAGAGAUGCCAUGCAGAACAAUUUAAAAGAACUCCAGCAGAAGAUGGCUAUUCUUGAAGCAGUUCUUCAGGAAACCCAGAGUGAUGACUCAAAAGAGUUGCCACUGCCUUGUGACAAGAGCAGAAAAGAUCAGAAAGGGGGAGUGGCAUCGCUUGUGGAAGCAAAUUCUGAAAACUGGAAAACAAGCAAUUCAAAAGAGUCUUUGUCUGAACUGCCAGCUACACCAGAAUAUCCCAUCAACAGCAAAUAUAUGGACCCAGUGGUUCAGCAGUGUCAGAAUGCACAUGAAUCAGGAAGUACAGCAAAGUUGAGACCUCGAAGCAAACAAAGACUCACAGAUGCCUUACCUCCUGCCAGAAGCGUACAUAGCACUCCAGGCAGAUACUCCACCUCCAUAUCUAAGUCUGAAGAGCACACUUUAAGCUGUUUGGCCACCAGGGGGUCUCCUGCUGCUGCACAAGAUACAGACCAAUCAAGUGCUACAAGACACAAGGCACAGGGAAGGCCACACUCUUCCUUGGCACCCAUCACACACUGCAGUUCUGGGAAAGCUAAUCCUAAGAGUUCACUUUUCACUAUCACGAGAAAUAUGUCUCUGGUAGCAUCAGGUUUAAAACAAGGCGAGCUGCGACUAGUGCAGAAGUUUGCCAGGAAAACUGAGAGCGCUUGGUCUAAUAAAGUUACUGAAGAAACAACCCAUGUAGUCAUGAAAACGGAUGAGGAUCUAGUCUGUGAGCGGACUCUGAAAUACUUCCUGGGUAUUGCUGCACGGAAAUGGGUGGUGAGUUACCAGUGGAUUGUACAGUCACUCAAGGAAGGAAGAGUCCUAGAUGAGGAGGAGUUUGAAGUGAGAGGAGAUGUAAUCAAUGGGAGAAGCCAUCAAGGGCCUAAAAGAGCAAGGGAAUCUCAUGCUGGAAAGCUUUUCCAAGGACUGGAAAUAUGCUGCUAUGGGCCAUUCACUGACUUGCUUCCAGAACAACUAGAGUGGAUGGUAGAACUAUGUGGUGCCUCCCUGGUGAAGCAGCCUCAUUUAUUUGCAUGUGCAACGAACUCAGCUGCUGUGGUGGUGGUUCAGCCCGAUGCUUGGGUGGAAGAUGCUGGCUGCCAAGAGUUCCUGUUGCAAUGCAAUGCGACUGUAGUUGCACGUGAGUGGGUGCUUGACAGCGUUGCGUGCUACCAACGCCGGAUGUUUGAUGACUACAUUGUGCAACAGGCAAAGUGUGAUGACCCUUUGGAAUCCUCAUAGGCGCAGAAUCUUCCAGACAGCAUGUUUGUGGUCCUUUUGUGUGAAAGACUUCUGUACAGAUUGUGGUGUUUUGGGGGGUGGUUUUGUUGUUGUUUUUUGAGGAUAAAUAUUGCAGUGGGCAUAAAAGUGCCUUGUGUCUUGCCAAAGGCAGAACUUAAAACUCUGUAUUAGGAUAGCUCUUGCAAUAAGUCAAGAAAUAAUAUGUUCCUCUGAGGUGAUGCAGAUGAAUUAUUUAAUAUUUGGAUACUGCCUUGUUUAUGGGGGUGGGGUGCUUUUUUCUUUCCACACAAUGUCUUGGAGAUGUAUUCAUUUGUAAGAAUUUAUAUGGAGCUCAGGGCUUUAACUAACUCAGGAAGGUUGCAGCGGUUUAUCCGCUUGCUUCCUGUGAGGGUGUUCAAAAGCCUGCCACAUACAAAGAUGCUCUUGUUCUGGAUCACUGGCAUAACUUUUCUAAUUGGAAGCAUUGCCAGCCUGGUGAAUACACAAAAAGUCAAUGCAAAGGAUCUUUGUGUCAUGAGGCAACAUCUGCCAAGUCAUAAUUCCUGUGUUUUGCAAGGAAUAAUCCAGAAGUGAUCUCCCUAAAUAAACUGAGCCUCUUUGCACACUUUACCUUUACCCUUCCUAGCAAGCUACAACAAACCCUUUUCAUUGACGACAUAUUGGAAGCUAGUGAAGGCCCAGCCAUUAUAUCACUGACAAAAUAGCCCUUCGAAAUCCCUGGCUGCUUCUGAUACUGAAGGAACAGAGAAGUUGUCUUUGAGACGACAGAAUAUUUUCUGUUCCAUGUUGCCAAGCAAUUGAACUUCAGAAAUAAAGUUGCAUGCUCACAGCCAAAAGAGAAAAUGGAUCCUAUUCCUGGAGUUCUAAGGAGAACUUGCCAAUGGGCAACUUUUGAAAGAGCUCUAUACUGCCUCCCUGAUAGAGCUCAGCUCAGUUCUGGACAUCUGUAAAAUGGGGAAGGGAUCCAUACACUGUAAUUCUGAAAGCAAAUAAGACAAGUGCAGAUUUUUCUCAAUUGUACAAUGCUAGUAUAUGUGUGUGUAUGUAUGUAUGUGAAUGAAAGAACUCUCACACAGCUAGGUUUUCUGAUUUGGGAUUGGAAUUUAUAUCCUUCCACCCCCCUCUAUCUCACUGAUGAACCCAAGACAGCUUACAUGAACAAAUACUUUAAAACUGUAAAACAACUCAUUGUACAGAGUGUUGUAAAACACACCAGUAAAUACCAAAAGCACUCAAACUGCAGCACAAAAAUUUCUGGUUUUCAGUGGAAAGGAGUUUCAUGGGAGCAGAGCUGUCUCUCUCAAAAGGCCUUGCUGCACCAUCCAGCCGCACGUUUUACUCUGCUAGGAAGGAGCAGGGCUCCUCCUUGAGAUCUUAAUGGGCCGCGAGGAGGGGUUUCUCAAGGGAGACAUUCCUGUUAGAGAAAGAGGCCUGGACAAAACUGUAGUACAGGAGCAGCUCAGCUGCCUCUGCACUGAAAGGAGAUGAUGAAGGGUGAAGGUAGAAAAGGCCCAUCUGGCAUGGUCCCAAGCAGAAUGAGAGCUCCUUCCACCCUCAUCUGCCCCUUCUCAGAAGUUGACUGGACAGGCACAGGGUAAGCAGGACUUCUUUCUUAGAAGUCCCAGGGGCUUGCUCACUGGCUGCCCUUUGUUCCAAGCAUGGGCUCCAAGCAGUGUAUAGUUUACUCUGUUUUAAUAUUUUAAACGUUUUGCAGUAGAUUUUUACUGCAUUCUAUUUUUUAUAAGGUUGUUACCUGGCCUGAGGCUGUCUAGAUACCAGCAGGUUUAUACGUUUUAUGAAUACGUUAAUAAAUGAAGUUUGCAUUUUGCAAGCAGAGAUGCAGACCUCUGGCUGCUGUUCUCCCCAGAUCCAAACCUGAAGAGCUAAUAGAACUUACAAACCUGCUGUAUCCAGAGGGCCCUAGGGAAUGUAACAACGAAGACACAUAAGAUUGAUAGACUAAGAUUUGUUCCAUCAAGUGACAGCCCUCCUAGAUAUAGAUACAUGUGUGCAUCAUGUAAUACAAAAAUAUGGGCAGGCUUAGAGCACAUGAGCAAUGAUUGAAAACAGCAGUUACUAUGCAAAAGCUCACAUAACUUUGUGCCCUGUUUAACCACAGUGCCACAGACUUGUUGGAUUUGGAUCCUGGAAUUUAAAGCAGGGGUUCUUCACCUGGACUCCAUGCCCCACUGGAGUCCAUGAGGUAGUCCAGGUGAUCUGUGGAAAAUAUUGGCUGCACUGAAUUUAAUUUGCUUCCUGGUGAGCAGGUUACUUUCAAGGAUAAAGUUCUUGAAAAUAA